UGCCCCAGCUCCCUCUUCCUCUCUGCCCUCCUCUAGCUGGGAGCCCGACAAGCAUUGCCCAAGCGUCCCUGGUGACAGGAGGAGUCUCUGCUGGAGACACGCUGUGGCUGGGCUCUCUGCGGCUGGGGCGGCUGUCAGCUGCGUGUGCACAGCUAGGAUGGCGGCAAACAAAGGCCCAACUUUGGUGGAUGGAGAAACCCCGGAGCAGGAGAACGUUCUACACCGCGUCCUGCAGCUGCCGGUGGUGAGUGGCACAUGUGAGUGCGUUCAGAAGACCUACACCAGCACCAAGGAAGCCCAUCCGCUGGUGGCCUCCGUGUGCAAUGCCUACGAGAAGGGUGUGCAAGGUGCCAGCAGCCUGGCCGCCUGGAGCAUGGAGCCCGUGGUCCGCAGGCUGUCCACCCAGUUCAUAGCUGCCAAUGAGCUGGCCUGCCGAGGCCUGGACCACCUGGAGGAGAAGAUCCCGGCCCUCCAGUACCCACCCGAGAAGAUCGCCUCCGAGCUGAAGGGCACCAUCUCCACGCGCCUGCGCAGUGCCCGGAACAGCAUCAGUGUGCCCAUCGCCAGCACUUCCGACAAGGUCCUGGGGGCCACCAUGGCCAGCUGUGAGCUCGCCUGGGGGGUGGCCAAAGAUACCAUGGAGUACGCAGCUAAGACCCGAGCUGGCCGGCUGGCCUCCGGAGGGGCUGAGAUGGCAUUAGAUGGCAUUGAGAAGGUGGUGGAGUUUCUUCUCCCUCCGGCCAGCGAAGAGUCAGCCCCUGCUCCUGGACGUGCCCGGAACCAGAAGGCCCCCAAGGCCAAGCCCGGCCUGGCCAGCAGAGUUGGGGCAUUGGCCAACACCCUGUCUCGACACACCAUCCAGACCACGGCCUGGGCCCUGAAGCAAGGCCACUCCCUGGCCAUGUGGAUACCUGGCGUGGCGCCCCUGAGCAGCCUGGCCCAGUGGGGCGCAUCAGCCGCCAUGCAGGUGGUGUCCCGGCCGAGGCAGAACGAGGUACGAGGGGGCUGGCUGCACAACCUCACCCAGGAGGAGAGCCAUGAUGACCAGACGGACACGGAAGGAGAGGAGACAGAGGAAGAAGAGUCAGAGACAGAGGAGAAGUUCAGCGAGGUAUCAGCGCUGCCCAGCCCGCAGGGCCUCCUUGGUGGGGUGGCACAUUCCCUGCAGCAGGGCCUCCGAAGCACCAUCUCAGCUGUGACCUGGGCUCCUGCAGCCGUGCUGGGCACGGCAGGGCGGAUAUUGCACCUCACACCGGCCCCUGUGGUCUCUUCCACGAAGAAGAGGGCCAUGUCCCUGUCAGAUGCCUUGAAAGGCGUGACUGACAACGUGGUGGACACAGUGGUUCAUUAUGUACCGCUCCCCAGGCUGUCGCUGAUGGAGCCGGAGAGCGAAUUUCGGGACAUCGAUAACCCACCCUCCGAGUCCGAGCGCAGGGGAUCAGGGGCGCGGCCCGCUAGCCCGGAGCCCGCGCCGCGCCCCGCGGCGGCCCGCGGUGGCCUGCGCAGCACGCGGGGCCUCAGCGUCCCCUCCUGCUCCGGGCUGGACGACAAAGCGGAGACGCCCUCAGGCCCACGUCCCAGCCUCCUGGCCAUGCCCCGCGAGAAGCCGGCGCGCAGGGUCAGCGACAGCUUCUUCCGGCCCAGCGUCAUGGAGCCCAUCCUGGGCCGCGCGCAGUACAACCAGCUGCGCAAGAAGAGCUGAGUCCCGAGCGGCCGCCGCCACCACGCCGCCACCCUGGCCCCGCCCCCGCCACGCCCACAACAGACCACGCCCCCGCGGAGUCCCGCCCCGACAGAGCUCCUCCCCGCCCCAGUUAGCGUACGCCCCGCCCAUUUCCAGAGUCCUGCCCCUGCCCACCCGAAGAAACCGCCCACGCCCCGCUCCAUGGUCCACAGCACAUUUCCUUAACUCCAGAUCCCAAAUUUGCAAGUGAGCCACUCCCUAGAGUGGUGCCUUAGGCGGCCCGAGCCCCACCUCCACGCUACCGAGGCGCCCCGUCUUCAUGAGGCUUGGCCUGUCCAUCAGAGCCAGUUUUUUUGGUCAGUCCCAGGGCUUGAACUCCCGGCUUGGGCUCAAGGCUAGCGCUCCAACCACUUGAGCCACAGUGCCAGUUCCGGCUUUAUUGAGUAGUUUAUUGGCGAUAAGUCUCACGAGCUGUCCAGCUCCUGCUGGCCUCUCACCCCUAUCCUCAUAUCUCCGCCUCCCAAGUAGCUAGGAUUACAGGCGUAAGCCUCUAGCGCCCGGCUCCUAAUGGUAACUUCUCACUCAAUAUAGUCCACAGCAUAUAGAGCACAUAUACAGACCAUGUAUGCAGCCACUGUCCAUCCCCAAACUAUCUUUGGAAAGUUACUACUUAGGCUAGGGUGUGCAUAAAUAUAAUUUUAAAACCCAUA